AUGGCAGACGGUUCAUCGCGAGCGCCUCAAGCGCUUCGACGGUCGUCCGAGAGGCGUCGCUUCGCGUUCGCGUGCGUGCGAGGUCGAAAUCCCGAGCGAGCGAUUUCGGGCAUCUCUCUCUCGGACGAUCGAAAGCUGCGAAGACUCACGGAACGAGGUCGAGGAAUGGAAGCUGGGGUGUCGACGGGAGGCCGAGAGACGUUCCGACGGCGGGACGAUAUCGUGGUCGUGAACACGGGUGACCUUCCGGUGACAAAGCGUUCACGCCCUCGAGGGAGCGGAACUCACCUUUAUCGUUUGCCGUGUGGAGGUGGGACGUCGUCGGACGGGUUCGGGUUCGCCUCGAGGAGGCUUUUCGCUUCCUCUCGAAUUCGCCGAAACAUCACGAGAUCGAGGUCGAACGAGCACAAAGCAAACUGCGCCAUCGAGCGAGUUAUUGCCCAGUGUCUGCACUGGGUGCACCGGGUGCCCCGGGUGCUAUGCACUGGUGUGUACCUCAGACGUCAAGUGACCGUCGGAAAGCGAGGACGACGAGCGAACGAGGAGAAUCGAUGCGGAAUCUCGAAAGAGUUGCUUCUAGCUCUGCAGUGUCACUUGCAAAAUUCAAGGACUGGAACGACUGACACCGAAGGACAGGCCAUAGGCGACGAUUUUUUUGCUACCGAACGACGACUCAAAGUCUGA